CUGCCCCCAGCGGCGGGCGGAGCCUCCGGUUGCCCCGGGAGACGGUGCGGCCAUGGCGGAGCGCGGGGCCCAUUUGACGGGCGGCCUCUCGGCGAGUCCGGGCCGCCCGUCCGUCUUCGAGGUGGUUGCCCAGGACACGCUGAUGUCGGCAGUGAGGCCGGCCGCGCACCACGCCAGCAAGGUGCUUGCAGAAUCCAACCCCAGUCGCUAUGGGUUUCUAUGGCGAUGGUUCGAUGAAAUCUACGUGCUGCUGGAUGUUCUGCUUCAGCAUCAUUAUCUGUCCAGGACCAGUGCUUCCUUCUCUGAGAACUUUUAUAGUCUGAAAAGAAUUCCGUUGGGUAGUGGUCAUGGACUAUGGAGGUUAGCCAGCCGUGGGCUCCCAAGGACCCAGCACUGGCGAUCACUCCUCGUGCUAAUAGCUGUUCCAUAUGUAAAAGUCAAAUUGGACAAACUGUUUGCUCGGCUGCAAGAGGAGGAUGACUAUGCCAUACACCUCCCAGCGUCCUCUUGGAAGCGUCUUUACAAGGCCUUCCUUGCAGCCUAUCCUUUUGUGAACAUGAGUUGGGAGGCUUUGUUCCUUAUCUACCGGCUCUUAUACAUCUUCGAGAAAACACAGUUCCACUCACCACUGCUGCGAGUGGCAGGAGUCCGUUUGGGGAACCUGACCCCUGCAGAUAUUCAGGACCUCGAGAAAAAAUCCUCUUCCACCAGCAACCGCUCAGCCAGUGAAAGUGUGGUUGGAAAGCUGACUUCCUUUCUUGCUAAAGCGAUGGGGGGUGUGACAGUGUCCCUGUCGACUGGUAUAUCUGUGGGUGUCUUUUUCCUGCAGUUUCUCGAAUGGUGGUAUUCAUCUGAAAACCAGGAGACGAUUAAAUCCCUCUCCUCCCUCCCAACCCCUCCCCCACCAGUGCACUUUGACAAGCUAACUAAUGAGUCUUUACCUACACUGAAGACUGUAUGUCCUUUGUGCAACAAGAUUCGGACAAAUGACACAGCCUUGGCAACCUCUGGAUAUGUUUUUUGUUACCGAUGUGCUUACAGCUACGUAAAACGCCAUCAGCGAUGUCCUGUGACAGGCUACCCUUCUGAACUGCAGCAUCUAGUUAAACUUUACUCUCCAGAAGCAUGAAGGCAAAAGGUUUUGAUCCAUGUGCACAUACUAUUAUUUAUCAUGUAAUAUUUUAUACACAGAAGUCUGACUUAAUGACUUGUGAAGUGCUGUUUACUAUUGACAAGUUUCAACUGCAGCAUUUUUAUUGUCCAAUUUUCUGCCUCCCUCCUAAAUGUGCUGACAUGCAUAAUUCCUCAUUAAAGUGGUUGUGGAUGUAGACAGGAAACUUGUCCUAUGGAGCAUUGGUACUGAUGUUUACACAGGUCCCCCCUUUCCAGUCCUGGCCAGGAAUGACAGUCAGGAGAUCUGACUAAGAGGUCUAAGACCUGUUUUAGCAAUGCUGCCUUCUUGAUUGAGAUCAGCUAAAGGAACUCCUUCCUGUUGUGAGUUUGAAUUCUAAUACAUUGAUCUCUGAAACAUCAAGAGAACUGUACAUAAAUAAUUGCAUUCAUUGGUCAUUGUGAUGGGGCCAAGAGACAAUGGAGAUUGUGUAUGUCGGUGUUCGGCGUGAUCUCCCAUGAUAAUUCUGAAUCUUUUAAUGGAAUCUUGUCAUUCUCAAAUUUUAUUAAUAAAUCAUAAGUUCAGAGAGUUUACCAGUUCAUUAAUAGAUGCAGUAUAUAGUCUCUGAAUCAUGGUUUAAAAAAUUUACAUUGUAGGAAAUUCUCUAAAGAUUCAAACAAAAACCCCAUUUGGUUGAGAUUGAAUUCGAAAAUUAGAGCAAAAGCCUCGAACAUUGGCCCCUGUAAUCUAAAUGGUUCUUGAAAUUAAUAUUUUAAUGGUCAAGAUAUAAUAUGUACUGUGCACUAAAUCAGUAUGUUGUGUCAAAUGUUUCAAUAUUGUUUUGAAGAUGUUUAAUGUUUACCUGUAAACUAUAAUAAAUUAUACAUUAGCUCGACCAAUGAACUGACUUUACAUGAAAGCUGUAGAUGAAAGUCUUCAAAAUCUGAACAGAAGACACACUACCCAGAAGGGAUGAGAAGAGGAAUAAUGAAUUACACACGUCCAAAAUAAAAACAGAAAAUAUUGCAGAUCUCAAGCACGUCAGUUUUCAUCUGAGAGAAAGCCCCCUGGAGCUUAUGAGUCCAGUUUCGACCAAGUCAGUAGAAUCCCAAAGUGUAGUGGUUUUUGAGUUUUUAUGAAAAUAACUUGUUACCUAAGGGGUCGUUCAUGAUCAUAUUUUAAUACACAAUGUAUAUCUGGAAAACCAGUAUAUGUCUCAUGGUCAGAAAUUUCAUAAGCACGUUGGGAAAGGUCACGUUUUACUCAAAGUAGCAUCAGAGACAUUGACCUGCAAUGUAUAAUUAACAUUAAGUAAGCACAGGGAGACUUCAGUCAAAAGUUAAUUUUUAUACACCUGGAUUCAGCAGCCUUGUUUAUAGUGAUGCUUAUUAAGAAUCUGCAAACCUUCUGGCUGUGGUGUAUUUUUCUUCCCAGAGAGUGUUUUCUGAACAUUGCAAAUAACCCUUCUCGUUUAUACACUUUUUAAGUGUUAGUAUGAGCUAUUAAGCCUGACGUGUUAUGCUCUGCAGGAUAACUAAACAGAUUAAACAGAAUUCAAGUCCACACACUGUUAUAUACGGAGCACAGUCAGUGUGCAAGAGACUUCAGCCAUGUGAGACAGGCUGUGUGAGUGUACUGUUGGAAAUUUAAUUCAGAGGUAAUUCCAUGCAAAGGGAGACAAUGAUGCUUUAAGGAAGGUUUACUGCAAGAGGUAAGCUGUCCAUAAUGAGAGGUGAGUAGGCGAGGACAAGUGGCAUGAAUCAAGAAGCAUACGCGUGCAGUAAGACCAGCUGCAGAAAGAUAUCGUGAACUACAGCAUGAUACGAGUUUAGGGAAAGAAGUUAAAGAACAAAUUUAAAGUCCAAGUAAGGUCUUCAGAUUGUUUAGGUCUCCAAUGAUUUUCUUCUCUCUUUUAAAAAUAGCUGGUUAAGUAUAACAUUGAUACUGAUUUAUAAAAACUAUCAAUACAGUAAAUUGUAAAGAGCAGGGAAUUUAGAGUAAUUAAUACAAAUUAAAUCAAAUGCAAUAGUUGAUGGUAGAAAGGGUGAUGUGUUACUACAGCCAUGAUAUGGAAGUGUUGGCCUGGGGUAGACAAAGUUAAAAAUGUUCGAGGAGAAAGUGAGGACUGCAGGUGUUGGAGA